AUACCAAUAGCUUCCUUCCUUAAGAAGCCUGUGUAAAUUGAACAUUUCCCUUUUUUAAAAUUAGGAGGAAUAAAAUCUUUAUAAAACUGUAAACAUUUCUUGUCCUAUUUUUGCAUUCGAAGUUGAAGAUCUUUCUUUGCUAAUUUCUUUGUUAAGGGUUUGGUCAGUUAUUAGUCUUUUUUUCUUUUUUUUAAGAAUCAUAUUUGUGGAAUUAUGAGGAGAAUUGUGAAGAAAGAAAAGCAGGCAGGUAAUGCCAAUGAAGAAGCUGAACCGGUUCGAUCCAGGGUGACGAGAGAGGCCCGGGGUAAAUCGGCAAAUGUUGAGUCGGAGCAGAUGAGUCGGCAAGAGGAUGCCGCAGAGCGGAGGGUUCUUCGCUCCAAAUACCUUGCCGUGAAGACCAAAAUCAACGAUGCAAGGGAUGAAAUAUCAAGUGUGGAUUCUAAUAAAUUUAAUAUCAUCAUUAAUGAAGUCGAUAACUUGCAUCAACAAGUGUCAAAACCACGGGAACAAGUAGCAGAUGCAGAGGCAUUAUUGGACUUAGCUAACACAUUGGCAACUUCUGUUAAGUCAAUCUCUAGUGAGGGAAUUAGCCUAGCAGACUUUGUCAAUUGUCUAGUUAGGGAGUUUGGAAAAUCCGACAGGAGCCUUGACACACAAGAAAAUGAGCAGAUAUCAAUCAAUUGGAAAGAUAUUGGGAUGGCUGUUUCACCGUUCUUUAUUACCUGGAAAGGAAUUUGCACCAUGCUUGGGCCUAUGAAGAAUGAGUUAAAGCAAAGGAAGAGUAUGGUUACUAGACGGCGUGCUGUCAAACCAACUGAUACUGCUCGGCCUGAAGAGGUUGAUGAUACUGAUGCUGAUGAGAAAACUGAUACUGACAAAAAUAUGGCAACAAUGUUUGAAAUCUUAAAGAGAAAGAGAAAAGUGAAACUUGAAAGUUUGAUUUUGAAUAGAACAUCUUUUGCACAGACUGUGGAGAAUUUAUUUGUGCUUUCAUUCUUAGUCAAAGAUGGGAGGGCAGAAAUAGUUGUGAAUGAAUCUGGUUCUCAUAUUGUUUCUCCCACAAAUGCUCCUGAUGCUCAGUCUGUAACGAAAGGCGAGGUUGCUUACAGCCAUUUUGUGUUCAGGUUUGAUUUUAAGGACUGGAAGGUAAUGAUGAACAUGAUGCCAAUUGGAGAGGAAUUGAUGCCUCACAGGGAAGAUUCGCACUCAAUUCAUUCUCAGGCAGAACAAGCAGCAAACAAUUCAGCAGGAGCAUCAAGUACAACACCAAUCCGAAAGUUAUCUAGGAACCGAGGGUUGGUUCUGCAAGAAUCCAUUGUAGAAGACUCGCCUGAAACAGAUGACGCUAGUCAAGGCCCUGGCAUUCGCAGGUGUAGGCGUAAGCUCAAUUGACCAACUUUUUUUGAGAACACAUCCAUCAUGUACAACUGUUUUGAAUGUUGUGAUGUACACAGGUGUAGGUCAAUCCCAGAUUGUCAACUGCUAUAUUUUUGUAGUAUAUUCCUCUGGCCGUGCGGGUUUGGGGCAGCUUUCGUUUAUCUAUUUAUUAACUUGGGGCGGAAUCGCUUUUGAUUCUAUAUAUGAACGCAUUUUCUCUGAUUUAUGCUAAUUGUGGAAAAUGCGUUUGAGUUACCAGCUUCUUCAAGUUUUCUGGUUACCAAAAUCUUUAAUACCUCGAGAAUUUUUAUUUUAUUUUUAUUCUAUUUUUCUCUUGGUCUCAAAAUCAUUUUAGAAUUUUAAGUUAAUUUUAAAUGACCCAGUGGAGAUGCACCUAAGUGAUAUUGUAAGAAUAGCGUUUUGGGUCAGUUUGGC